AUUCUCUUUUUUUUUUCUUGUGACCUCGAGAAGCCCUUCGUCUUGGCUAGUCAAAUCGAAACUCGCAGGGAACUCUCCAUGGUGGACGGCGAGCUCGGGGGAAUCAGGGCGUGGCGUCAGUAGCCCAAAUCUCAGGUUCCGUAUCCACGCCGUAAUGCCGGAAUCGAGCUCGGAUCCGGGCAAUGGCAAGGGCAAGAGGAGCCUACCCUCCUGGAUGGGCUCCGGCGACGGCGGCGGCGGCGGAGGCGGAGGCGGGGGAAGUCCAGGCAAGAAGAAUCACGCGGAGGAGACCCACAAGAGGGCUCAAGCAGGGCCGGAUUUCUCCAAACUCUUGGAUGGUGUGGUCUUUGUGCUGUCAGGGUUCGUGAACCCCGAGAGGGGCAGGCUGCGCUCCCAGGCGCUGGAUAUGGGGGCGGUGUACCGGCCCGAUUGGUCUGAUGAUUGCACGCUUCUUGUCUGCGCGUUUGCCAACACCCCCAAGUUUCGGCAAGUCCAGUCGGAGAAUGGAACCAUCGUCGCUAAGGAAUGGAUCUCAGAAUCUCACAGCCAAAGAAAACUCGUUGAUAUUGAGCCUUACCUUAUGCAUGCUGGAAAUCCAUGGCGCAAAAAUAAAGUGCCAGUUGAUUCCAGUCAAGGUGAUCAGAAGAAGCCACGUAAAGAGCAUGAAAAGCAACCUGAGAAGACUCAUGCUAAGACACCGCCCUCUGCUGCCACUAAGGCAGGACGUUCAGAUGCUAUAAACAAACAAUUUUCACCUUCAAAAAUUAAACAAUGGGCAAUGGAUGAUUUUGCAAAGACAAUAUCUUGGUUGGAGAGCCAAGAAGAGAAGCCAGAGCCAAACGAAUUAAAGGCAAUAGCUGCUGAAGGGGUUAUCACUUGUCUUCAGGAUGCCAUUGAAUCCCUUGAGCAAGGCAAUGAUAUCAGCGGAGUGGCGGAGCAGUGGAGCUUCGUCCCCCAUGUUGUGGACGAGCUAGUGCGGCUGGACAGAGAGGGCUCAUCGCUGUCUAAAGAGCAGCUGGCCAAACUAGCAACCAAAUGCAAGAAAAUCUACCAGGCCGAGCUUGCGCACAUGGACGGUGGUGACAAGAAGGGCAAGGAGCGCCCCGGGAAGGCUGGGACGGACGAUGCUGAGUAUGACAGCGAUGAUACAAUUGAGAUGACGGAGGAAGAGAUCGACCUCGCUUGUAGACAGUUCUCGGGGAUUAGUAGUAGCUAGGUCGGGAAAUGUUAGUUUGUUUCUGAAGAGAAGAACCCUGGCUGUAUAUGAGUGAGGAUGGUACGGUCGGCAGUGAUCGAAUCGCUGUUGUCGAGGAUUGAUAAGCUUAAAUUUUCAAAUUGUGCUGUUCUUGGUCAAGUAUUUUUUUUA